AUGCCUGCCGAGUUCUUGUCCGCAGCGGACUGGAACAACGACUGCCAGAAGAUGAUUCUGGCUAACUACCAGAGCGAGCUGUGUCAUUUGCACUAUGGGAUGGAGGAGCAAAUUUCUGGGAGUGCCUGCAUGUUUCAUCGCGAGGCGAGCGGCGGCUGCAGCUGUGCAGGAGCGGACUUCGGUGUGUCGGGGACACCGUGUCCGCCGUACUCCGACCAGCGCUACAAACGCUUCCACGAUGGCUCUGUGAAAUCCCAUCCACAGGAUUCUGUCACAGCUGAACUGUUAGUGAGAUGGUUGGCUACGCUGCAGCCUCGAGCAGGUCUGCAGGAAAAUGUCACAGGCUGGAACAAGACAGACACAAACAAUCAGCCGGACACGACCACAUCGAUGUCGAGGUUUUUGGAGAGCGUGCAAGAUGCCACUGCCGAGCGUGACCAGCCUGGCUACCACUUCAUUGUUGUGGAGAUGGACCACAAAUGGUGGGUCAAUGUGUCGCGGCCCAGGACAGUCCUUUCACCGGGUGUCAUGUGGAUAUCUGAUUCGCAGAGCUCAAAUGCUGCUGAAGCUGCAGAUGCCGAAGCUCCGGCAGAAGAGGUGGUGGUGGGAGAUUCGAUGCGCAAGCAAAAGAAGAUGCGGUUGCAAGCCAGGCGCGCUGGCAAAACAGGCAGCCACAUUCUUCGGAGGGAGUCUCGUAAAGCAUUGGAAGAAAUGGCUGAGGAUGCUGAACAUGUGAUAGAUCUUUCAGACGCCGAUGCACAAGCAGCAACCAAUUUGGAUACAGACAUAGGCAGACCGGUUGCCUUGGAACUUGCUGUUCAGCAAUCUUCUUUGGGAACCCCAGUGCCUCAGCAUCUUCUGGGACUGGUGGCUCCAGGAUCAUCUGCGGGUCUACAGGUUUCGCUUCUUCAGCUUGCAUCGGAAGAGUUAUCCAGUGAAUCAAGUGCACAGCAGCAUGCAGGUGCACAUGAGUCGCAGUCCCAGACAAGAACAGACGAGUUUGAUGUGGAAGAAGACUAUGUCGCAUCAACCGACCUGCAGGAUUUCUUCGCAAAGGUAUUGGAUUCAGGACCACGGCCACAGACUGCCCUGACUGCAGAUGCCGAAUCUUUGGGCAUCCCUGCUCGAAGCUUCAACCGAAACUUGAUUGUAUUGGCUUCGGCAACACAUUUGUGCAGCUCAGCUGCGUGGGCAUUGCAUUGCCGGAUGCUGAAAAGCAAAUUAGUUGAGGGCACUGUGAAGCUGAGACUUGUGCUUCGUCACCGCAUCUACGAUGAAACACCGGUGCGGGUCCGUGUGGCACCUGCCCAGGACGAUUCUCGUGGUUUGCAGAAGACAGAUUCCUGUUUGGCCAAAGUUCUUCAGACGAGGUUCAAAAUUGGUCUGCUACUUGAACAUGUUCCUUCGGGUCAACUUUCUUGUCACCAUGGACUGUUGCAUGUGCCAUUACAAGCAUUGGAGACCACCACAGGGGAGGACUUGGCUAAGGCGCAGAUGGAUUUGCACAGACAUCUGGAAGAGGUGGAGGCUCUUGGGGCCCAUUGUGAUGUUCGGGUGAAUGUUGCUACAGCGGAUAGAUAUUCCGGCAAUCUUCGUGCUGAGGAGUUGCUUCACACGCAAAUGCCACAAGACAUCCCCAGUCGUUUUCCGUGUCAAAUUCAUGAUACGAGCCGGGCCAUGACCUGGCAAAUGGCACCGGUUUCCGAAACGAUUACAGGCAUGAUUUCGGCUGCCCUGGUAUUGGGCAGUGCUGGGACCCUGGCCAAAUUUCGGCAAAUAUUGGCAGACGAAAUUGAAGCCCGCCUCAAGAUACAUGUAGGUGACAUUCCAGGAGGUGAGAUGGAGGACUACAGGCUUGCUGUUUACAACUUGUAUUUGUCUUUGAACCUGGCCAGAUCCAGCGACAAGCGACUGAACAGGAGGAAGCGCCUUGUUCAGAGGAAAAUCUUGAAUUAUUUCUUGGCCAUGGACAUACAAGAUGAGACUCACGUGUUCAUCAUUCCUGCGCUCGUGCCAGAGGGACUUCGGCUUUUUCCGCGCCACCGGUGGUACGGAGGAGAGUUGUCAAUAGAUUGGUGCGGACUUUUACAGGCCCACCACGGAUUGCUGAAACCAGUGCUACUUCGAAUGCUGGGUCCGGUCGGCGUGACCUCUCCGAUUGUUGAUCCUUCCUUGGCUCUCGCUGAUGAGCCGGAUGUGCAUGAAGGAUGGCAGGCUUUGGCAGCCGACAUGCUCAAUCGACAUGGGCAGCGAGAAACCAUGCAAGCUGCACAAGCAGCCGACGCUGUUGCUGGAAGCAGUGCUUUGAGCACUGAUACGGAAACACGAUUGGCAGAUCUCAACACAGCGGCCAAAGCCAAAGUGCGAGCAUGGAUUUCAAGUGCUGAUCUGAAUAUCUUCGCCCUUCUCAGGACUGCUCUUAAUCCUGUCGUGGACCUGCUGUUUCUGUAUUUGCACAUUUCUUCGGACAAGUGGCGACACCACCAGGAAUGGUCUUUGUGCCAGGGUCAGGAGCGCUCAUUCAAGCUGACAGAAGUCUUUUUUGGCCAAGGUUUUACUGAGGCAAAGCAUCGUGUGGAGAAGGUUUUCCAUUCAGGCGUGCCGGGUCUUGCCCGGGCUGCGUUGACACAGGCCAACAAGAACCUGCUUUUUCGUUUGUUGGGCAGAUUGAUCUGUGCCUUGGAGCACAAUCUGGGUGCGAUCCGCCAGAAGUCUCUGCUGAGAUUAAAGCCCUGCCAACUGGAUAGCCUGUCGGAGUGGUUUGUGACUACCUUUCCCAAAGCAAAAGAUCUGCAAUCCGACCUUUGCCGCUCCAUGGUUCACACCAUUGCAGCUUGUGUCUCGGUGGACGUUGCAGAGAUUGAGUGCCGGCAUGCGCAAGUGCGAAAGCUGUUGAAUGCCAAAAGCACAACCUGGGACUCAAUGCUCGAGACCCUCAGUGCAGACUUCUUGGUGCGACAGGUUGCUAAAGCACAGUUUGAGGACGCGGAGGUGUUGGAUAGGCUGGCUUUCUAUAAGGAUCAUCCUGCACCAGAUGAAGAUGCUUUUUGCCAGUUCAAGCAACAGCGAGAGAUAAGAAGGCAAGCCGCGAAGAAGCAUGCCCGGGUUGCCAAGGCCCAGCGUCGUGCAAUUGCUUUGAAAAAGAAGCAGCGCAAGAGAAUAAUGAAACCACGGGGUGGAGCUCAGCGAGCUUUUCUGCACCGGGAGUUGCCGAAGGCUUCUCCACAAGACUGGAAGAACAGAGGGGCUCUUUUUCGCCGUGUCAAUGCAGCCUUCAAGCGUUUGACAUCUGCCGAGAAGCAGAUGUAUACGGAACUUGGCCAGGCAGCCACCGACAGUGCCAAGGCUGGGUCACAAGCUUUUGUGAGCGCAGCAGAACCAAGGCCCGCCAAGCGUCCGAGAAAGCAGAUCCAAGACAGCAGCAGUGUUGAUGUGGGAGGCUCUGAACUCGCCCUACAAAGUGUGCUGCCUGAAGAUACCGACUGGGGCAAAAUCUGUGCAAAAGCUACGGACAUGCGCAAACAUGCGGUGGAGGAUGCUGCAGGCAUAGCGCAGCAGCACGAAAACAAAGAAGCUUUGCAACAGGGCCAUGUGGCAGCGUUCGUGGCUCAGGAUCUGGAGGCAAACGACAAAACGGCUUUGAUUCCAGACCUCUUUGGCAUGGGUGUUCCUUUUGCAUCCUGCCGAUAUGUUCCCGAAGCGGACAGCUUCCCGACUGGUCGCUGGUUGAAUCCUGCGGCCAAGCUAGCAAAGGUCUUGGGCUGA